GGUCAAUUGUGUUCUGCUCUUCCCUACUGAGCAAACAGUUUAAAUGUGUAAUUCAACAUGCCAAAACCCUUCAUUCUCAAAAUGUUUGUUGCGGGUCUCCUGCAUGGAACAGAGAUGGGAGAGGCAGUGAUUUCAAGUUUAAAAUAACAAUAAAAAACAUUGCCGAGGUUCUCGUCGAAAGCAUUACUUGAAGAAACACAAAGACACGCAUGUAAGCUAACAAAGAAGAGGAGGAUUUAAAGAAGACGUGACUAUGGGUUGUAUAAAGAGUAAAGAGGACAAAGGCCCAACGAUGAAAUACAGGCCUGAAAACACUACGGAGUCUGUCAGUGCCCAUGUCGGUCACUAUGGCCCUGAUCCCACCCAGCUGAACCAGUCUCCAGCCCUAAAGGGACCAGCAAGUAACUACAACAGUCAUUCCAUGACUCCAUUUGGAGGGUCUUCUUUGAUGACUCCUUUUGGAGGUGCAUCCUCCUCUUCCUUUUCCUCUGCUGUGACAAACCCUUUUCCAGGAUCUGCUACAGGUGGGGUUACAUUUUUUGUGGCCUUGUAUGACUAUGAAGCUAGAACUUCAGAUGACCUUUCAUUUAAGAAAGGUGAUAGGUUCCAGAUUAUUAAUAACACGGAGGGUGACUGGUGGGAAGCAAGGUCCAUUAAUACAGGGAAGAAAGGAUACAUUCCUAGUAAUUACGUGGCUCCGGCAGACUCCAUUCAGGCAGAAGAGUGGUACUUUGGAAAAAUGGGACGCAAAGAUGCAGAACGGCUGCUGUUGAAUCCAGGAAACCAGAGAGGCACUUUCUUAGUGAGAGAAAGUGAAACUACUAAAGGUGCUUAUUCCCUUUCCAUUCGGGACUGGGAUGAGAUGAAAGGAGACAAUGUGAAACACUACAAAAUCCGAAAACUUGACAAUGGGGGCUACUACAUUACAACAAGAGCACAAUUUGAAACACUACAAAAGCUGGUCAAACACUACACAGAACAUGCUGAUGGAUUGUGCCACAGACUGACAACAGUGUGUCCUACUGUGAAGCCACAGACACAAGGUCUAGCAAAGGAUGCCUGGGAGAUUCCUAGAGAAUCCUUGAGAUUGGAGGUGAAACUUGGGCAGGGAUGCUUCGGAGAAGUGUGGAUGGGAACAUGGAAUGGAACUACAAAGGUUGCCAUUAAAACUCUAAAGCCUGGGACAAUGUCGCCUGAGGCCUUCCUGCAGGAGGCACAGAUCAUGAAGAAGCUCAGGCAUGAUAAACUAGUACCUCUGUAUGCUGUGGUUUCUGAGGAGCCCAUUUACAUUGUCACUGAAUACAUGGCUAAAGGAAGUUUACUAGACUUUCUGAAGGAAGGGGAGGGGAAACUCCUCAAGCUUCCACAGCUGGUUGACAUGGCUGCACAGAUUGCUGAUGGCAUGGCUUUUAUUGAGAGAAUGAACUACAUACACCGAGAUCUGAGAGCUGCCAACAUUCUUGUAGGAGACAACCUAGUGUGUAAGAUUGCUGAUUUUGGACUGGCAAGACUAAUUGAAGAUAAUGAAUAUACUGCGAGACAAGGAGCCAAAUUCCCCAUUAAAUGGACAGCACCUGAAGCUGCUUUGUAUGGCCGCUUUACCAUUAAAUCAGAUGUGUGGUCCUUUGGCAUCCUGCUGACAGAGCUGGUUACUAAGGGACGAGUUCCAUACCCAGGUAUGGUGAACCGUGAAGUGCUGGAGCAAGUCGAGCGUGGCUACAGGAUGCCCUGUCCCCAGGGGUGCCCAGAGUCUUUACAUGAGAUGAUGAAGUUGUGCUGGAAGAAAGAGCCAGAUGAGAGACCAACUUUUGAGUACAUCCAGUCUUUCCUGGAAGAUUAUUUCACAGCUACAGAGCCUCAAUACCAGCCAGGGGACAACCUAUAAUUGUUGCAUACAGCCAAUCAGGUCUCCUCAUUUCAUCCUUCAGUUAUGGUUCCUGGAAACGAAAUGGCUGUGCUUUCCUUAUUAAAGGCAAACUGGAAUUUGUUGUUAUACACAAACCACUGUUUUUCCAUUUGUUUUAUUUCAAACACUAAUCAUGGACAUGUACCAGAUUCAGGGGCUGAAGGUAUUGGUUUGUAUAAAGUUUUCUCCUUUUUUGUAGCAGAUUCAAAUGUAAAUGUUAAAGUGACCAAUAUUUGACUGUACUAUCUUUAAAUCCUGUUGAAUCAUGAAUGCUUUGCAUUACUCUGUGACCUAUCAGUAAGCUUUCCUGGAGAACAUUGUUGAUCCUUUCAAGGAAGAUGAUUAUGUGUAUUGAGCAUAACAACUUUGAAAUCUUAUUUUUUAAUUAAGCUAAAUUGAAAUGGGAGUGUAAACGCCCUGCUUUCAGGACUGCUUUCAUCAUUUCAACUGGAAGAUAUAUAUUUUUUUCUUUGAUCUAAAUAGGUGGUUUUGGUAGCAGAGCUGAGUAGGUGAACUAAUUUUUUUUUAUCUUUGUUGAUUUAAGUGUGAUUUUGAGAACUUGUAAACAAUUCUGUGCUAAGGGGUUCAAAAGAACUUUCUGAAAUUCCUUCCCAGUCAUGAAUGUUUUUUGAAAAAGCAUUUAUAACACUAAGACGAAAAAGGAUUUUCAAGGUAAAGUGUCGUAAUUUAUGGCUGCUGAUGACAUUGACCAAGUACUUUGAACAGAAAAUAUGGUGGCAGGAAAAAGUACACAUUUUUACAGUCUGAUACUAGAAGAUGUUCGGCAUCAAUUGACAAUAGUACAGAGGUAUUCCAGGUUUCUGAUACGCUCCACAAAUCCAGCACUCCAUUCUAAGCAUUUCUCUGCGAACAUUGCAGUGUUCAUGACUAUAACUCAAGUGGCAGGGAUAUCUACAGAAACGGUUUUACCAUUUCCUAAUGAAACAUGUUCUUUUGUAUUGUUUCUUUAUGGUAAUCCAGAAACAAAUGUACACCAAUAAACCAGCCAAAUAAAAUGAACCAGUAUAGAAAGAAAAUAUUUUUUUAAAAAACUGUUAUUUAAGUGUCACUUCUUUAAAGGGUUUUUUUUUUUUAAGUAACGACUCCCUCAAUGUUAAAGUGAUUGGUGAACACUAAGCAAUAACUUUACAAUGUGCUCAUGCCCUGUUUGAACUGUAAUGCAGGAUUCAGUUAAUUGUUUUGUGUGCAUUUUAUUUUAGAAAUGUAGUAUAUGUAGUUUACAAUCUGUGGAAUCAUACUUAGCAUUUCAAACUGUGGCUGUAAAGUGAGAAGUGAACUGGGUUAGUUUCUGUAAAGUGAAGUCUAGUUCUGGGUGUGCUGAAACUCUUUCUGAGUGUUUACACAAGGUUUUGGUAGUGCUGAAACCCUGAACCAAACCAACCCUCUUAAAGAGUGCCAUUGUUUGUAUGUGUCUUUAUCCUCAUCCUUCUCCGUUAACCUAUGAUCGUGGGUUUUAAAAGGGCUUUGUACAAAGUUGUGAAAACCUAAGUUUUUUUU